AUGCAAACAUCUUUCCACAAUUCUAGCAUCACAUUACCGGCUCAAACCAUACACACAUCUCCUCCUGGCCCUGGGUGGCCAAAAGGCCAACAGGACGCUGUCCUUGUCAAUGUUGAAGGAGGGUCUGUGUGGCCUGAAUCAGGUCUAACAGGUCAUGCAAUAUGUGAAUUGCACCUCAUCAUGCGUCCAACACCUCGAAGAGGUUCUCACAUCACUUGGAAAGAUCAAUAUCUGUGCUAUGUGCAGGUUCUGACCAUUGGUUCAGUCGAUCCUGCCACUGAGAUGAUCAUUCUGAAAUGUGUCAAGCAUACUGAUGGCACUCCCGUUGGUAAUAUUGUUCCCCUGUGUCAACUUCGUUCUUUUAUCAGCCUCAUCCCUCGGCUAGGGGAUGUGGCAGAUGUCAAUCUUUGUGCGGAAAAAACCAAUGUGCAGCUCUGCGGCUCAAAGCAAUUCAGUGAAGGCCCAAGCUCUGUUGUUAGUGUCAUGACAUCGGCAUCAACAUCCUUCAUGUUAAAUUAUCUUCUUGCAACAGUUACUACCUCCAUCCCUGCCAGUGGCAACUUUACACAUCGGAAGCAGGAUUACAUGGACGAGUUGAUGAAGCACGAACUACUAGUAGGCCCAGAUAACAAUUUAAUGGGCAGCAAACGAGUUCUGUGGGAGGAGGGCAUACAAGGCUGCACAUUGUCCAUCCUCGACAUCCUUAUUCCGCGAUCUAGUCUUAAAAUUCAAGAUAUUCAUAAAAUCAAGUAUAUCAAGAAGAAGGACAAUUAUAUCAUACACGGUUUAUCUGUAUUGCCAAAUCCACGGAGUAUCACUUCGCAAUGGAGGCUUACCCAUGCCUUUGAUGGUCCACUGAAGAAGACGAAAUGGAACCAGCAGGAAUCACAGAUUGAUACAGAGGAGGAGGAGGAGGAGAAGGAGGAGGCAGAUGGAAGCCUCAGUGUAGGCAAAGAUAUGCUGGAGAUGGAUGGCAGCUGGUUGCAAAGAUCGUAUCAGACUGGAGAAAAACAUCCAAUCCUGGCUAUAAAGGCAUUGGAAGAGAAGAAUUUGGAGCGCCUCUUCAGAAGUGUCUGCUAUGACAUGCGUAACAAGGUCAAAUCCAAGAUGGGCUCGCUGCCCUUCCACGUUCUACCAGAACCACGAUACUGGUCUUCAGAGUUCUCCAACAUUGCUGUACCGGACGCCACUGAUUCCAGGAAACCUGAUCUAGUCCUUAUGGACUAUAGACUGCAGAAGUGCAGUAGGAAGGAGAAGAGUUGGGCGGAUGUUCUGACAGGAGUAGAGAUCACCAUCUCAGAACUGGCGGAGGGAAAGGGCAUACCAAUAUUCUUGGGGGUUGCAACCAAAGGCUACCUUAUAAUGUGCAAACAGCUGUGGCAUCAUUUAGUUCUUCUUUUCAGUAUUGCAAACUUCAAGCUUCAUGCCCAUUACUUGGACCGUUCUGGAAUGAUCAUCUCAGCACCCAUGCCAAUCGGUCGAGAUGCUGUACAUUUUGCCGAUGUCUUAAACAUGGAAGCCACUCUGCUCUUGGUCUUGAUCCCACCAUUCAUGUUUGACAAUGAUGGACAGGAGUAUGUGUUGAAGGACUGUUGGGUAGAUGAGGACAAACUAGAGCAAGAGGUCAAUUUUCUCCGAGCCGUCGAUGGUGUUCCAAAUGUGGUCCGGCUAAGAAAACAUUGGGACAUAAAGUAUGAUGGAUGUGUCGACAGCACAGCACACAUUUGUGACCAUAGCUGGUCAAUGUUUUUUGUGACCUUGUUGUUGAUACUGGUAACCCACAAAACAAUAACGACACAGCGGAAGGUUCUUCAUGGAGAUCUCAGUCCCAACAACCUCAUCAUAUUCAAGGGAAAAGGCUACUUUAUUGACUUCGACCAUGCCAAAUUCAUCCAAUUUAUCAAUCAAGCAAAGAAUUCGCGUGGAACAGGGGGUGCCCCCAAGAACUCCCGUAGAUGGCAUAAAGCCUAUGUUGCGAUGGACAAGGAUGGUCUCGGGACUAGUGGAUCCCUCAAGAAAGAAUUUCUGAUGGACACAGCUCUGCAUUAUGAGCCUGCACCAUAUUUCUGA